AUGAGCCGCCCUUAUCGCAAUCGAACGCGAUACAGGCAACAUCCCUACAAACAUUGGACAGAAUCAAGCGCUGUCAAGCAAGAAAGAGUGUUUGAAGAUAAAAACUUCUCAUCAUCACCGUAUCCAACUUCUGCACCAGAUAAUGGCGGUAACAGUCAACUGCCAGGUUGGGAUUACCUUCUGCGUCGCAAAGCUGAAAGUAUUAACGAUCGCAUUCUCAAGAGUAAAGCAUCAGAAUCUUAUGGUGGAACAUCUUAUAGUGGAGCGUAUGAGGUAUCGUCACAGUUUGUAAUCAAACAGGAGCCAGGUAAUCCAACUGUAAGAGAACAAUAUAGUUAUUCAGCGUUAUCAUGGACAACUUGUAAUGACCGUGCUCACGAUUAUGCUCAAAAGGGAAAGUUUUGGAUUGAAAGGAGAGCAGAGAGAAACAUCCUGGAACCUGGAGCUGGACAAUCGCGUUCCGAUCGACUGGCUGAUGCUUAUGAGAAUCACCAGAUGCGCGAAGUUAAAUUCGAACAUCCUUUGGGGUUCCGUGAAAGCCGUCAUUCCAAUUACUCAGCUACAAGUUCUGGUCAAGGUAGUCAUCUGACGGUCGAAAAAUUGAUUUCUAACAUUCGAAGGGCUGUUGCUUCAAAUCCAAAUUUUAAGAGAAACGUAGUAGAUUCCGUUUGCAGUCAGACAUCAGGGAAUGGCAAGAAACAAAGUAGCAUUUCAGAUAAAAGUGUUGAGACAUGUACAACAAGUUCUGAAUUAAGAAACCCUGUUACUCAAGGGUCUGAGGAAACAUUGACCUGUAAUUUGCCUCAAAAUACUGGUGAUGAAGUCAAGCAUGGUACCAUGAUGGACAAUAAUGAAGAAGUUGAACAUGGUUCUAUGUUAAACAAGACUAGUGACAUAGCAAAUGGCAGGAGAAAAAUAAACCAUGUCUCAAAGCCAGAUAUGAGGAGAAAUAAGCAUAAUCCUGGAGGAGGGAAGACUCUUAUCCAUACUCUACCUUAUCCAGCCAAAGGUGUUGAAGUGCAAUACACCAAAGACCCAGUUGAAGCAGAGGCUUGGUUAAAGAAUAAUGUUAUUGAUUGUUCUGCAAAAGCAGUUGGUUUAGACAUUGAGUGGAAGCCCCAACUGAAAAGGAAGAAGGACGGAGGAGUAGAAAACAAGACUGCAGUGUUGCAGCUGAGUGUUGAAGGGUCAUGUUUGGUUUUGCACCUUUGCCAUAUGGAGUCAAAACCAGUGUUGUUGAGGGAUGUUUUGAGUAACAAGUUGAUCUUAAAAGUUGGAAGUGGAAUUUUACAAGAUGUAACAAAGCUAAAUCGUGACACAGGACUUAGUUGCAAGGGGCUUAUGGAUACACAGAAAAUGGCCAAGUCAAUUGGUAUUCCUGUUUCACAGAAGCUAGGGCUUAAAGCUCUUGCCAAACAUUUCCUUGGAAUAGACCUGGAAAAACCAAAGUCUGUGUCCAUGAGCAAUUGGGAGAGAUGUCCCUUGAGACUUAAACAAAUUCACUAUGCUGCAUUAGAUGCAUGGAUUGGAUUGAAAAUUUACCUGCAUAUGAAAAUGGUAAAGGGCCAAGAACAAGUGUUUAUGGAGGAGGAUGAUGAGGAGAAGCAUGUAGAGACUCUCCAGUGUCAAGUGUGCGGCAAAAAGGUUAAAGGUCAAGAUAGCUUGAAUAAACACAGCACAAUUCAUCCUCAGUGCAAAUGUGGACAGAUUUUUUUGUCGGAAAUUUCCAAGAAGCACAAGAAGAAGUGUACUUUUGGUAGGGCUUUGGUGCAAGAAGGUCAAACUGAUGAUGAUGUCACAGUUUGGUGCCAGGGCUGUGGAAAGAAGUGCAAGAAUGAAGAAGUAUUUAAGAGGCAUGUAAGAGAAGUAGGGCAUGUGCAAUGUCCAUUUUGUAACAGGUUACUUCAAAACUCACAAAGCAUUAAACAUAUUCAGAGGUGCAAAAAUAUAAACUGAAAGUAGUUCUGAGUUGAUCUCUGGAACAUGCUAUUGAGCUUGUGUUUUGUUUUCUUAGAUUGUUAUUAGUUGAAUUUUCUUAUCUAGAAUCAUUUAUUUGCAGAAAACUUGUAUCUUGUUAUAUUAGAUGGAAUGGGGAAAGAUUGUGGCAUGUUAUUCUUCUCAGAAGGAGACCUUCAUUUAAAUUCUGGUGUGAAUCAAAAUAUGAAAUAAAGGUUAUUUUUGUAUUUCAUUUCUCUUCUGUAUCAUUUUUUACUCCAGCUGUUCUGUGUUUAUCCUCAUCUUUGCUGAAAUGAAAUAAAUGAUACAUAAACACAUGCUUCUUGGAAUAUGAACAAGAAGGUAGUCAUAACUUUUGAGCUUUUUGUCAAAUAAAAUAGUAAAAAGAUACUGCUUAAUUGGAGGCAAGCGAUAAAAACAUGCGAAAGGUACUGAAUGAUUGCUUAACACUGCUCAGGUUACAAGGAGGAGUGGCAAAAUAAUUUCAGUCAGAUGCUUGACAUGACCAUCCAAUGACUUUUUUGGGAAUUUUUUUUUGCACAUGAAAAAGAAAAUCUCUGUCCUAUCAACCGGAUGUAUUUUUCAAAUGUUAGGGUAAAAUCGAAAACAAAAAACUUUGAGUCAACUUUGUGCGGCUUUGGGUCGAUAUCGCACUGUUGGGAGGGAAGCUGGGAACUAGUAUGCCCCUUAUUGGAAUCCUGGGAAAUUAAGCUUUUCCGACACGUGAUUUAGCCCUCUUUUUCUGCGGCCAUCUUGGAUUCUACUGUAGCUCCGUAAGUGCUACAAGAAAACUCCCAGAAUGGGUCGAUUACACGCACCAGGGUAAGGAAAAUUGACAAGAAAAACGUUAAAGAGUGUUUGAACCAGCUGAUAUACUCAGAAUGUAGCUUUGUACUCUAAAUAGAGUGUAAGAGGCAUGUUCAAUGAUGUGGAUUAUGUUCUAUCGGAACUUCAAGCUUUUCGUUUCUUCGCAACUUUCCUGACUUUUUUCUGAUAUUUUUUCAAAGGAAAGGUAUAUCUGGUUCAGCUUUGCCUUAUCGUCGAAGUGUCCCAACGGUGAGAUAAUUACGAUAUAAUUGCUUGUGGAUUAAGGAAAAUAAGUUAAAUUUCUUCAUAAGUACACACGCAUACAUGCUCUUUAUGGGUGAAUUUUCUAUUUGUCUUCAUGCGCUCAAAUUUUUUUUAUUGUUUUGAAGACUCGUUUUCAGCUUUGAUGCCGUAGAAAUUAAGAAUUUUCUCAGAUAUUGAUGAACUACUUUGAAUUUUGUCUUGAGUUGAUCUCAACAACAAUGCUAAAAAAACAGCAUCAUUCGACAUACUUUCCGAUGGGUGAUCUUCUUACAUGUGAUUCGUUAGUUACAUGUAAGUAUAAAUGAAAAUUUUGAGUGGUAAAGAAAUGGAUUGUACAUUUUUUAAUUUUCGCAGAUUAUUGAAUUAAAGAAGUCUUAUUUUUAAUGUAAGGAUAAGGAGCCAAACGAACGUUGAACUACUAUAAAUUUCCCUCAGUUGUGAGUUGAACUGUAUGUUCAUUGAGAAAUGUCAGAGUAAUUUGGUCUAUUGAAUGGUUAACAUUGAAAAUGCAGCAUUUUCAAAUACAAGGCAUCAAUUUACCUGGGAUUUAUGGUGUUUUAAAAAUAUUGUAGUUUCACUUAUUCAGUCAACAAUAAUGAUGCUUGUUAACUAAUUGUGAUUUGUAUUUAUUUCUGUCUUGUUCAUACAAGUGGCUCAAGUUGACAGCUGAUGAUGUCAAGGAACAAAUUUACAAGUUAGCCAAGAAGGGCUUGACUCCUUCUCAGAUUGGUUAGUAUAGAAGCAUUGAAUUUUUCUAGUAGCAGUGCUUCAAGUUCAGAGCUUUUCAAGUUGCUCUUUGGUGACUGAAAAUCAGAAAAUUAUAGCCGGAAAAAAGUCUUACUCAGCAAUAACUGGCAGUCUUUCCUGAAAGCUUUCGUAGCGUCUUGAAACAAUGUACUUGCACACCCUUAGCGAAAUUAAAGAGACAAAAUGAAGUAGUAAUAUUCUAUGAAAAUCUUUCUCUCAAUUGAAUUUAAGGUCAUAAAAAUUUAAGAGGGAAAUCAUUGCAUUCUGGCAACUAAUUUGGCAACUUUUGCUGAAAGUUCAGUCCCCAAAGAAUUAUUCUACUUGCUGUAGCAACCAGAAUUGUCACCUUUUGGAGAGCUAUUUACUGAAGAUAAAACAAAGGAAUAUUCAAGACUCUGACUGAAAAAGGAAUCGUUUGUUUCAAUACAGGUGUGAUUUUGCGUGACUCACAUGGUGUGGCACAAGUACGUUACAUCACAGGAAAUAAGAUUCUCAGGAUUCUCAAAGCUAAAGGUACUUAUAUUUGUUACUAAACAAUCAGUUAAUGGAUUUCUAACCUGCAUAUUUUGGAGAAUGAUAUGAAGGCAUCCAUCCAAACAUUUCUUUUAUUUAUUUGUGAUUGUCAAGAGUUAAUAAUAUCCUUGAAAUUGCUACCCUGUGUGCAGCUUUUUGUUGACUUAGAUUUUCAACUGUGCUGUAUGUCUGUUGUUGUGGUGAAACUGUAAAAUUUCUCUGGAAGCCAAAUUAUUACUUAAAUCAAUUAAUCAAUUAAUGUCACUUAAAUCUAGCUGAUUGUUAGUUAUCAGGGUGGCUCCAAAGAAACAUUAUCCUCUAAGUUGGUUUUAUUCACAGGGCUUGCUGGAUCACUCCCCGAGGAUCUUUAUUUCCUUAUCAAAAAAGCUGUUGCAGUCCGCAAGCAUCUCGAGAAGCACCGAAAGGUGGGUAACCUUUGCUUUCUAUAUUAUGUGAAGGCUUGAAAUUGGUACAGUAAAGGUGCAAUAAAUAUAUCUGUAAUUAUCCAAGAGAACUUCCUUUGAUCAAUAUGGAGAUGGGGUAAUCACAAAUGUAUAAAACAGGAGCUCAGGGGGAAAAACCUUCUGCUCAAAUUUCUUUGGUUUUCUGUUGCUAUCUCUAGCAAACCUUUUUCAUUUCUUAUUGAGCUAGUCAAGUAAGGAAGAGGUUUUGAGGUAGAACUGGUCAUAACAGAUACAUAAUGCAAAAAAGCUCAUCAUCCACUGCAACUGUGUUGAUGUAAGUGUGGAAUGAAAAGCAAAGAUAGUCCAUCAAACUGCUUUUGAGCCAAGAGGAAUUGAGCUUCAUUAUUUUUGUUUUACAUUACAGGAUAAGGACUCUAAAUUCAGGCUGAUUCUUAUUGAAAGUAGGAUCCAUCGUCUGGCCCGUUAUUACAAGACCAAAAGAGUUCUGCCAGCCAACUGGAAAUAGUAAGAUUUGUUCAAGUGCUCAUUUGGUUUUUGCUGCAAAUGGUCCUUAGUUUAAAAAACUUGAUGUUAUUCACUUGUUAUACUUGUCUGUACAUGUUCCUUCCAGCAGCAAAUUGUAGUUUCCUCAUUUUACUAAGAGAGGGUAAUUAUAGACAAUCUGUUUGGACAUUUUAAGAUCAUUAUUGAUUGUUCUACCCAUCUUUAAACAUAGAAAAGUAAUAAAAGAAGUCAUGUGUAAGGUACCAAAGGUGGAAAUGGAUGAAACCAGUCUGAAGACAAGUCUUGAAGAAUUAAAAUACAGUAUCAGGAGUAUUGAAAUGUUUGCCAAUGAUUAACUCUGUUUUUGUCUUGUUGUUUCAGUGAAUCAUCUACAGCCUCUGCUUUGGUUGCAUAAGCUAAAUUUGUAAACAACAAAAUAAAACCAUCGUAUAGAAUUCACU